AAAGCAGUGCGUCACCAGAACCCCUGGAAACUAACAUGCAAGUCCAGAAUAGAAAAUAUAACGAGUUAGACAAACUGUAUUAAUAUAAGGUUCAUAUUUUUUUACGUUGUCAUUUCUUGCGUUUUUUUAAGUAAUUGAGCUUUUAAGUCAUUUACACACUUCUCUCUUGACUGGAAUACACGCUUAUUACGGUAGAAGUGAGCACUUUUAGCACAGAUAUCAGGACUCAUCAUCAUAUUGGGAGAUUAAACGCUGAGCGGACUGUGUCGUGCGUUUUGGAAAAGUGCGUUGAACUUGCUGUGAGUUCUGUCUACACUUCGCAAGCAUGAAAUCCGCAGAGGAAGAUGCGUACUGUUACAAUCAAAACACCAGCAUCUCAAUUCCUCUGGGCAACCCCUGCCCACCCUCGCAGUACCACAAUCUCCAGACCAGCCCUUCCUUGUCGAUAUCCAUCAGCCAACCUUCCUCGUUCCCUCAAGAUGACAUGAGCUCGGUAGGCUACUUCCAAACAUCCGGUCCCCGAUCCAAUGGAGCUCCCACAUUGGAGAGUCCGCGCAUUGAGAUAACAGCUUACGGCCAGUUCCCCGAAGAUGAGGUGGAGGAUAACAGCGUUCCAGUGACUAAGCGAGUCAACUCCAUAGUGACAUUAACGUUGCCGAGUGUUGAUGGUUAUCGUGACCCUACCUGCCUCAGUCCGGCAAGCAGCGUGUCCUCUCGUAGCUGCCAUUCAGAUGCUUCUUCAUACGAAUCUGGCUUCUCCUACAACUACGACAACUCUCCGCAGAACUCGCCUUGGCAGUCCCCUUGCGUCUCCCCAAAAGGUUCCUCCUCUCUGCAGUCCUGCACUCUUGGUGCUUCUCCACGCCAUUCUCCAUCCGGUUCUCCUCGAACCAGUAUCACUGAUGACAACUGGAUAGGCAAUCGGGGUUCCCGUCCAAAUUCUCCUUGUGGCGGUAAACGGAAGUACAGCUUCAAUGGUGGGCCAUCGCACAAGUACCAUCCGUACUCGCCAAAUCAAUCUCCUGGGCCGUCGCCACAAACUUCACCUCGCCUCAGUGUGACGGAGGACAGUUGGUUGCCCAAUACCAAUCAAUACACCAACUCUGCCAUUGUUGCCGCCAUCAAUGCCCUCACCACAGAUGGAUUAACAGAUCUUGCAGAGGGGAUUCCUUUGAAGUCCCGCAAGACCAGUCUGGAACACAGUGCUUCAAUGAACCUGAAAGUAGAACCAGGUGGAGACGAGACAGGGUCCCUGGAGCUUUGCCAGGAUGACUUCUCCUCAGUACGCCUACCCUUCAAGAAGGAGACCUACUGCAGUGGCUUUUUGGACGUGCCCCAACACCCAUAUUGGUCUAAGCCUAAGCCUUACAUCAGUCCAUCACUGCCUGCUCUUGAUUGGCAGUUGCCUUCGAGCUCAGGGCCGUACAGCCUACAGAUUGAUGUCCAACCCAAGUCUCAUCACCGUGCUCAUUAUGAGACUGAAGGCAGCAGAGGAGCUGUGAAAGCACUAGCGGGAGGUCAUCCAGUGGUCCAGCUUCACGGCUACAUGGAGAGCGAGCCUCUGACCCUACAGCUGUUCAUAGGCACGGCAGAUGACCGUCUCCUCCGACCUCACGCAUUCUACCAGGUUCACCGCAUAACCGGGAAGACCGUGUCCACACCAAGCCACGAGGUCCUGCAGUCCAACACCAAAGUUCUUGAGAUUCCUCUUCUGCCCGAGAGCAACAUGAGAGCCAUAAUCGACUGCGCUGGAAUCCUCAAGCUGCGUAACUCAGACAUCGAGCUCCGCAAGGGCGAGACCGACAUCGGACGGAAGAACACACGUGUGAGGAUGGUGUUUCGUGUCCACAUCAACCAACCGAAUGGCAGGACGGUGUCCUUACAGGUGGCAUCUAACCCCAUUGAGUGCUCCCAGCGCUCAGCACAGGAGUUGCCCCUCGUGGAUAAACAGAGCAUGGAAAGCUGUGCCGCCUCAGGGGGGGAACAGAUGCUUCUCAGCGGGCACAACUUCCAGCCCGAUUCCAAGGUGGUGUUUGUGGAGCGAGCACAAGAUGGCCAUCACAUAUGGGAAAUGGAGGCUAAAGUCAACAGAGAAUCAUCCAAAUCUGUGGCUUUGCUUGUGGACGUUCCACCUUACCGGAACCAAAGAAUAUCCAACCCUGUUCAAGUGAAUUUCUAUGUGUGCAAUGGAAAGCGGAAGAGAAGCCAGUACCAGCGUUUCACAUACCUGCCCACAAAUGUUCCAACCAUAAAAACAGAGCCGCACGAUGACUACGACCUCCCCCAGGUAUGUGCGCCUCUUCAUCCGGCCAGGUUGGCCCUGCAUCCGAAGCCUUACUACAGCCCUCCGUCCAUGACCCCCUUGAUGCCCACAGAACUAGGACCAUGUGUGACAGGGCCAUUCACAUCGAGUCCUCAGAGACUGGUGGCAAAACCCAUUUCCCUAUCCUGCUCAUCAUCCCCAAGCACCAGCCCCAAACUACAAGAUCUCUCCCCGCCUCACCUUUCCACCAAGUGCCUAUCAGCGGGAUCAAACCUGGGCCCCCAGUCUCCUACAGUCCCCCACGUUUCCACCAUCCAACCAACACCUGGACGCUACCAACAAUCCAUCCUCUACCCAACAGGAAGCAACGCAUCUUCUCCAGGGUCCCAUCCGUCCACUCCAAAUUCUGCACCAGAUCUCCCCUUCACUCCCAGUCUGACCCAACCACAGGCCACCAACGAGGCCUCAGCAUUAACGGCUCAGAUAACCAAAGGACCUGUGAGGAGCGGUUCCUCCCCGCUCCUACAGAAGGAGGCGGACCCCCCCUCCAUGCUAGCUAUCAGCAUCAAGCAGGAACCGCAGGAACUGGAUCAAAUGUACCUAGAUGAUGUUAACGAAAUCAUCAGGAACGAUCUCUCCAGCAUCUCCGUCCACAGCCACGCAUAGCAGCUGAGGGUCCCUCGGAGGAAGACCACAGCAAUCAUGAACUGGACCAAAUUUUU